UAAUUAGCACCUGUCGAAAUGGCUACUGCAAGAUUGAAUGCUGUACUAGCUCAGCUUAAGCCUGCUACCGGCGGAAGCAGUGCUGUCCAGAAGAUUACCCAAAAGAAUGCGGACGACAUUGUCAUCACCCUUGCGGCACGAACGCCUAUGGCCCGCGGCUUCAAGGGAAGCUUCAAGGACACUGAGCUUGAUUAUAUCGUAUAUUCUCUUUUAAAGGAAGUGGUUGCUCGCUCUAAAGUGGACCCAAGCCUCAUUGAAGAUGUCGUUAUGGGAUGCUCCAACAACGAGCGCGCAUCUAGCAUAAUUCGCGCUGCAUCUCUUGCAGCUGGAAUUCCAUAUACCUCUGGCGCUUCAGCCGUCAGCCGAUUCUGCUCCUCCGGCCUCUACUCUAUUCAAGAUGUCGCCAACCAAAUCUCCAACGGAUCAAUUGAGAUCGGUAUUGCUGUUGGCGCUGAAUCCAUGACCAAGGGACCCGCUAGAAAGCCUGACUCGUUUGCGCCGGAAGUUCUCGCCAACCAGGAUGCGGCAGACUGCUCUCAGCCUAUGGGUCAGACAUCCGAGAAUGUCGGCGCCGACUUUAACAUCUCUCGUGAGGCCCAGGACCGAUAUGCGGUCGAGUCUUUCCGUCGUGCGGAAGUGGCUCAGAAGGCUGGCAAAUUUGUCGACGAGAUCAUUCCGGUCACCACUAAAGUCAAGGAUCCUAAGACCGGAGAAAUGAAGCAAGUCACCGUUACUCAGGAUGAAGGGCCAAGGUACGGAACCACCUAUGAAGCAUUGAGCAAGAUCCGCCCGGCUUUCCCCCAAUGGGGCACUCGAACUACCGGUGGUAACGCUAGUCAGAUUACCGAUGGCGCUGCUGCCGUUCUCCUCAUGAAGCGCUCCAAGGCUGAAGAACUCGGUCAACCAAUUAUCGGCAAAUUUGUCGGUGCUACUGUUGCUGGAGUCCCACCACGCAUCAUGGGGAUUGGCCCAUCUAUUGCCAUCCCCAAGCUUCUCUCUAAAUUCAACCUACGCAAGGAAGAUAUCGAUAUCUUUGAGAUUAACGAGGCCUUUGCUUCCAUGGCCGUCUACUGCAUCAACACUCUUGGCCUUGACCAUGCUAAGGUUAACCCAUGUGGAGGAGCUAUUGCCCUCGGCCACCCACUUGGCUGCACUGGCACAAGACAAGUUUGCACCAUCAUGAACGAGGCCAAGAGGCAAAAUGCAAAGGUCCUGGUUACCAGCAUGUGCAUUGGAACCGGACAAGGAAUGGCUGGACUGUUUGUUAAUGAGCAGUAG